CCUGGACAAAAUGCUUUCAGAGAGAUUACCACUUUGUAUGACCAAGCAAGGGUUACUAUUACGAUUUUUAUUCUGCAGCUGUGAAAACCAAGACUCAGAAACAUCAAGGGCCAUGUCCAGUGAUAGGUAUCUUAAAGAUUGAGAGUCAGAUCUCCAGUCCUUGCAUCUGCCUCCACCUCCCUACAGUGGACACAGCACUGGCUUGACAGUCGGCUCUUAGGUUCCUGUCCUUCUGCUAACUAGCUGUGUGAUCCUGGUCAAGUCCUGUAAGCCCUGGGCAUCAUUUCUUUUGACUGUCAACCGAAAGGGCUGGGCUGCUUGGUCUCUAAGAACAUCCUGUAAAGCAGCUGAUAAGAAAGAAAUUGCAACAGCUGGUCUUUGAAGACUAGUCAGAGGUGCCCUGAUUUCUCCCAGCACAAAAAUGAUAAGGUGUUCAGCUAAUAUCGUACUUUUAGAAAAAAUAUUGUCCAGACUCACUGUGCUAUUUCCCAAAUAUGAUUUGGGGAACGAGCCAACAGAUAAAGAAGGAUAUUUAUUUUUGUUUGUAACGUCGACGUCUUCUUUCGGGUUCGAUCGAACAAUCAGGAGAUCUGUGUAGGCCACAGCGUCAUUGCACGCCGGGGUCCUUGCCCACUCCCUCUCUCUGCCACCACGCAAAGCCUGGGAGAAUGCUUUUGAAAGCGAAUCAGGAAAUUACUUAUCAAUCUGAAGCCCUAAAGAGUUAUGAAUAAUCCUUGCUGCCAAAGGAAAGGGGAUUUCGAGCAAAAGCUCCACAUCUGCGCACACUAGAGUUCAAAGACUCCAGCUGUUGGAAGGUCUUGCGAGCAAUAGCCAAAGAUGUUUGUCUUGCUCUAUGUUACAAGUUUUGCCAUUUGUGCCAGUGGACAACCCCGGGGUAAUCAGCUGAAAGGAGAGAACUACUCCCCCAGGUAUAUCUGCAGCAUUCCUGGCUUGCCUGGACCUCCAGGGCCCCCUGGAGCAAAUGGUUCCCCUGGUCCCCAUGGUCGCAUCGGCCUUCCAGGAAGAGAUGGUAGAGACGGCAGGAAAGGAGAGAAAGGUGAAAAGGGAACUGCAGGUUUGAGAGGUAAGACUGGACCACUAGGUCUUGCCGGUGAGAAAGGGGACCAAGGAGAGACUGGGAAGAAAGGACCCAUGGGACCAGAGGGAGAGAAAGGAGAAGUAGGUCCAGUUGGUCCUCCUGGACCAAAGGGAGACAGAGGAGAACAAGGGGACCCAGGGCUGCCUGGAGUUUGCAGAUGUGGAAGCAUUGUGCUCAAAUCCGCCUUUUCUGUUGGCAUCACAACCAGCUACCCAGAAGAAAGACUACCUAUUAUAUUUAACAAGGUCCUCUUCAAUGAGGGAGAGCACUACAACCCUGCCACAGGGAAGUUCAUCUGUGCUUUCCCAGGGAUCUAUUACUUUUCUUAUGAUAUCACAUUGGCUAAUAAGCAUCUGGCAAUUGGACUGGUACACAAUGGGCAGUACCGGAUAAAGACCUUCGAUGCCAACACAGGAAACCAUGAUGUGGCUUCAGGGUCUACAGUCAUCUAUCUGCAGCCAGAAGAUGAAGUCUGGCUGGAGAUCUUCUUCACAGACCAGAAUGGCCUCUUCUCAGACCCAGGUUGGGCAGACAGCUUAUUCUCCGGGUUCCUCUUAUAUGUUGACACGGAUUAUCUAGAUUCCAUAUCAGAAGAUGACGAAUUGUGAUCAGGACCAAGAUCCCUGUGGUAGACACUCUGAUUGAAUCUGGGGUUCCAGAAGGUGGAACAAGUAGGAAUGGGAUCCAAAGAGACUCCCACUCAGAUUCUAAAGCCUUUAAAGACAAUUCCAGCAGAAUUUAUCAAAACAAGAUGAAACACAGAAAAAUUGAAACCACAACAAAAUGAAUUCUAUUAAAGAAUAGCCCCAGAUAUAAAUUCUUUUGAAAGCAAUGUUCAUAAAUAUUUAAGCAAAUUAAAGACAAUAUUAACAAAAUUUCUAUUAAAUGCCCUGAGUGACAAAACCAGUUGGCAAGAAUAUUGCCUCAUUAAAUCUUCAAAAAUAUAUUUUAGUCUGUUAUUUAAGAGAAACAUAACAUAACAUCCCAAAAUCUUUGACAAUUCUCGAAAGGCUAUAUAGUAAGUCAAAAACCAAAGGUAAGAGAUGCUAACUAUUUUUCAAGCAAGCUACAGAGAAAUGACAAAUGUCUUUUUAUUAUUUAUUCCUUCGUGUUUGUAUAUAUUCACUCAGCAACCCAUUAAUGAGCCUGUAAGGACCAGACACUGUGGCACUGAAUCAGAUUUAAUAAUGAGUUAAGACAAAGCCCCUGCCUACAGGCUAGUGUGUGGUGAUCAAACGAUCACAAUUCAGUGUGAUGAGCAGCAUAGCAAACAGAUGGAUUUGAUGCUAAAAGCACACAGGGUCUGCUAUUCCUGAGGCUGGGGUCCAGAGAAGCUUUUA